AAACUAAACUAGCAGCCUCGAAAUGCUCUCGGCAAUGAUCAAGGACCAUCAGGCGAAACAGGCGGCCAAGAAGGAAGAGCAAGAGCGCCGUCGUAAAGAAGCGAUCAUGUCGGCGAACGAACUGACGCAAAAUCUCGUUGAUCAUCUAAAUGUUGGCGUUGCACAGGCGUACCUGAAUCAGAAACGGUUGGAUGCUGAAGCCAAACAGCUGCAUGUGGGGGCCACGAACUUUGCCAAGCAGACGUCUCAGUGGCUCGCACUGAUUGAGAAUUUCAAUGGCUCGCUCAAGGAAAUUGGCGAUGUGGAAAAUUGGGCCAAAACAAUCGAAAGUGAUAUGAACGUGAUAACGACGGCACUGGAGAUCGCUUACAAGACGAGUAGGGAAAAGUAAUUUGUGCAAUCAACCAGCGGAACACAAGACAUCAGAUGAAGAGAGAACCAUUUUAAUCAUUGUAACGCGUACGACUAUGUACUUCUUUAGGUGUUAAGCCGUAGAGCAACGUCAUCCAUGCUACGUGCUCUAACAUCAAUAGGGAAACAAUCAAUUGCUGCUCUGCGUGAUAUUGUUGACCGGGUGUAGCUAAUUGCUUGAAU